CACGAAAUGUUGCGCUGUCAAAUUCAGCCAACUCGCUCAGGCGAUGAUGCUGAUGAUGAUGAUCGAGCUGGAGCUCGGCUGGUCUUCACUGGGUCGGAUUCAACCGAAUUGGCAGUAGCAGCAACCGUCCCGACGCUGGCAGCCAUCAUCCGCCGAGGACACGGACAAUCGACGAGUGCGAUUGCAUCGUCAUCACUGCUCGAGUCGCCUGCGGACGAUGAGUGGGCGUCUGGCGCAGUAGUGGAUGCGCACACGGCCGAGCUGGUCAUGCUGCAGCUGGACCGGACGUUGCUGCAGCCGGCUCUGCAAGCAUCCAAAGCAAGCAGAGUACAAGACAGGGACUCCCAUGACAAUGGCAAUGGCCGCCGUGGUGGAGAAGUUAGUCAAAGCAGGCUGGUUGCAGACAAGCGCUGGAUUGCUGCGUUCGCGCCGGAAUCGGAUUCUCAGACAAUCCACGUCGAAUUCCCAGCCAUCGCCAUCCAGCUGGAGACAGUCACAUUCACUGCUGCAGAUCCGCAUAACGCUGCUGCCAUUAUCAAGGCCCUACUUGCUCAAGUCACCGCCCCGGAUGCUACGCGACCACUGCUGCUUGUGCAGGGAGACUCGUUGAAUAUUUCUGUGCUGCGAAGUGGCCUCCAAGUCCGCCAAGACGAACUCGUCGCGUUAUCUGGGAUACAGAUUACUGCAUGUGUACCGUCUCUCGCUGGAAUUGUCGCAAAAGGAACCACACGGUGUGUAUUUACUCAAAAUCUGCAAAAGUCUGCCCGUGAAGUCUCGCCGGCGCGCGUGCUCCAGCCUCUAACGACGCGACCAGAGCCCGCCAAAGCCCCACUCCUCCAUUUCGGCCUGCAAAGCCCCGUCAGCUCGUUGCCAUUGCAUCCCUGGCCGUUCCUCGACUAUGUGCCAAUAGCUCUGCCGAAUAUUGAUUUGCACUCCUCCGUUGGCUUGACGGUGAGCACGAUGGUCUCGCUGGGCCUCUCGGCAGGCUGCUUUGCCACCAUUGCACUCGCAACGCAGCCUACAAUCACCCGUCUCAUCUCUGUACAUCCCGUGGCGAAGCCAUCGGUGCUGGGACUUCGAUCCGCAGCAGCGAAUUGCGCUCCAGUGGGACAUUUGUGGCAGGACAACUUGGCGUACAUGUCCUUUGGGCUGUUGUUCAAUUUGACAAACGCGUCGAACAGCGGGGCGCCUCGCCACUUCCCUUUCGUACAACCAGAUCAAUGGCAAUCUGUCAUUAUUACUCCUGUGGCGCAAGAGCCAGAGUUUGCAGCCACCGCUACCAUCGCCGAACUCCACGCCAGUACCGAGACGUUUUCUCCCGCCGACCGCGACGCCCGUGUCGCUGCUCGAGACCAAGCCCUUGUUGCCUUCUUUUCAAUUCCUCGCCUGCUCGCUCGAGGAGAUGUGUUUUCAGUUUGCAUCGAGUCAAAGCAGGCGCCACAAUUGCCCGGUCCACGCCAUUUGCAUUUCGUUGUCAACGAGCUGACAGCGCCGUCGUCAGCACAGCCUGACCACUCCGUUUGGGUUGACGUCGAGCGCACUCGGCUUGUGAGCCAUCUUUCUGCGCAAGGUUUUGCUUGUCCGCGCUUUGAAACCUCGCAGCUGGCUCGUGCCCUUUGCGGCGACAACUGGCGUGGGUCAGAGUUGACGCGUGCCUGUGCUCCAGUCGGUCAAGCAGACACCUUUUCUCGGAUUCUCGAGCUGGCAAGAUUCACAUUCCAGCACCGCCAAAACUCUGCGCUUCUCGUGCAUGGCGCUUCGGGUGUUGGUAAAUCUACGUUGCUUUCCACUGCCGCUCGUGCCAUGGGCGUUUACUUGGCCGUCUUUGACUGCCGCGCGCUUGCAUCAGGCAGCGACGUGUCGGAAGCGCAGGCACUUCAACAAUUGACUCUGUUUUUGGAUCAGGCGAGCGAUGCUGGGCCUGCGAUCACCGUGCUGGACCACAUUCACCUUUUGCGCUCAGUCGAGCGCGACGCGCAAGUUCGACAACAGCGCUCUGGCGGGAUGGCAGCGCAUGCUUCUGCGCACGAAGCCGUGUGGCCCGCAGCGGCCAAUCUCCUCAGUCAAUGGCUCGCCCAGACAACAACCGGCGGCUCGAAAUUGCUCAUCGGCAGCUGCACUGGGAAGCCAGAAUCGGUGUUGAACGAUAUUCGGGAUGUUUUCGUGCAAGAUUUGCACGUCGACCUGCCAGAAAUGGCUCAGCGACAAGCCAUUUUGUCCGAUUUGUGCACUGCGUCCGAGUUUGCUCCGGUUGAGGACCAGCUCGAGAGCAUGGAUGAAGCUCUGAUUCCGCACCUGGCACUUGGUGCAGGAGUAUCGCAAGUGGUACGUUCUCGGGUUGCUGCGGACGUCGAUUUGUCGGCAAUCGCGAAAAACACUGCGGGCGCGUCCCCGCGAGACCUUUGCCGACUCGUUUGGCUCGCCACAUGCCGUGCAACCGACCGAUUUACGAGUCUCUUGUCCAAUCAGCAAAUCCGUGAAACUAGCCGGUUCAGCUCUCCAACGACCGAUGGCAUCAGCAGCCACGAGCAGAUCGACCGCGCGAUUGUUCUAUCGGGGCUGCGCCUUACGGCAUCGGACUUUGGAGCCGCUUUGGGUGCACUCAACUCGCGCGUUGUGGGCGGUGCAGGUGAUGCGGGUGCCACUGCCUCCAUCCCCAACGUGACCUGGGAUGACGUUGGUGGGCUGGGCGCCGUCAAGCGAGACAUUCUCGACACGAUUCAACUCCCUUUGCAGCGCCCAGAAUUGUUUGCUGGAGGACUCCAACGCUCCGGUCUUCUUCUCUACGGCCCGCCUGGCACUGGCAAGACGCUGCUGGCAAAGGCAGUCGCCACCGAGUGCUCGCUCAACUUUAUCAGUGUCAAAGGCCCGGAAUUGAUCAACAUGUAUGUCGGACAGAGCGAGAAGAACAUUCGGGCAGUGUUUGAGCGCGCGCGGCGCUGCAAGCCGUGCGUCAUCUUCUUUGACGAAUUGGACUCGCUCGCUCCCAAUCGUGGACGAAGCGGGGACAGUGGUGGCGUGAUGGAUCGCAUUGUCUCGCAACUCCUUGCCGAGCUGGAUGGAAUGCAGAGCAACACGAACGUAUUUGUCAUCGGCGCGACCAACCGGCCAGACUUGAUCGACCCUGCACUGCUCCGCCCAGGUCGUUUUGACCGCUUGCUUUAUCUCGGUAUCAGCGGCGAGCCAGAGUCGCAGGAACCAGUGCUGCGAGCACUCACUCGCAAGUUUCAUCUCGACCCCAAUCUGCAGCUGCUGGACGUAGCGCGACUGUGCCCUCGUAACUUUACCGGAGCCGACUUGUAUGCCGUCUGCUCGGACGCCAUGAUGUCUGCCAUGCGUCGCCGUAUCAUUCAGCUUGAAAGUGGAGCAGAAGGAAUUGACCAAGUCUCGCCAGUCACUGUUAUUCUAGAAGAUUUCAGCACUGCCAUAGCCAGCAUCAAGCCAUCUGUCACCAUGGCAGAGUUGGCGCGGUACGAGCAGUUGCGUGAUGAGUAUGCUUCAGCAGCAGCAGCCUCUUCAUCGUCUCCUUCUGGGCACAAGAACUAAGUUUAAUCAAAUGAUGGUGAUUUGAUGGCGUUCUUGUGCAUCUGUGUUGAUGAAUACAUGAUUUAAUGCGAGUUGAUGGAUUUAUAGCUCGAUCUCUGUUCGACCGAAAGCGUUUUGCCCGUGUCGUCUCUCG